UCAGCCUCGGCACCAGGACAGCAUGAAGACGGCGGUGGUUUUCACUGCGUUGGCCUUGUUCUGGCAGCACAGUCUGGUUACUGGGCACGCACUGGGACGGCCCUCACUUCCCAGUAACCUGGACCAGUUAAAGUCGCUGCUGGAGCGGAUCGAGGAGACUCUGGCUGACGAAGCUCAGGAGGAGUCGGAUUACGAGGAGCCGACCCGGGAAGCCGAACCGAGCUGGAGCCCGGAGCAGCAGAACCGGCGGUCAGAGGCGGGUCAGCGGAACCGGCUGAACGACCUGCUGCUGAGCCUCAGGAAGCGGGCCUCCAGCUGCUUCGGCGCACGCAUGGACCGGAUAGGAAACAUCAGCGGCCUGGGAUGCAACAGCGGCAGAGGGUAGCCGUACGGAUUAUUCUGAGCCUGAAGCCAUGACUGUCAUCCUGCUCCGGUGAAAAUUGAUUAUUGAUCAUGUAAAUAUGAGUGGUUCACCAUCUGAAGUGGAAAUUUAUCUGCCAGCCAAACGUGUCGUUUUCUAACACAUAUAAAAUUAAAGGCAAAAAAAAAAUACUUUUUUAUAUAUAUAAAUAUAAAUAAAUAAUUCACAUUACAGCUCAGUACAAAGCUUUCACAGAGUUUAAUUGAAUUAAUUAGUUUUAAUUAUGUAUGCGAAAGUAAAAGCACUGUUCAUGUAAGAUCUAUAAAUGACGCUGGAAUGUUAAAUUAAAUGAGAAAAGUUUUACCGGUGUCAUAAUUUAGAAAACAUUUUUUUUGUUUUCAUCAUAAAUGUGUAAGAAGCAUUUAUUGAUAAAAUGUGGAAAUAUUCUUGUUGCUUUGUUGAAACUAAACUAACGAAAACAGUUUCCUUGAAAAACGUUUCAGUUCUCCUCGCGUUUAAUUAAGGAUACAAACUAAAUAUUUAGAUUAUUUAGCUUGCUAAUUAAAUAUUUAGCUUCAAACUAAAGAUUUAGCUGAACAACUUGAUGUUUAGUUUGGAGUUAAAUAUUUUACUUCCUAAAAAAAUGUUUAGUUUGAAACUGUGACAUUUAUAAAUGAA